AUGAAGACUGGGACCGGCAGCACCCAGGUGGCGAGAGCCGUCUGGACGGUGGGGCGCCACCCCACCCACGUCCUGCGCCUGCCCUCCCAAGGCCCCCCUCGCCUGAACGUCCUGAUCAUCCCUGGCAAUCCUGGGGUGGCAGAGUACUAUGAGCCCUUCAUGCACAGCCUGCACCAGGGUCUGCAAGGCAGGGCCUGCAUCACAUGCGUGUCCCAGCUGGGCAUGGACGGCCAGGGCCUAACCUCGGGGCCGCCCUUUGGCACACUUUGGGCCGUCACUCGCCCAAGCAUUCCCAUCAUUCUUCCGCCCGCGCUGCGCAGUGCCGUGGUGCGAGUGCAGUCGGGGAUGCAGGAGGAGCACGCUCUGGCGGCGACGCGGCUCGUGCUGCGCUCGGACUCGGUGCGCAACGCGCUCUUCCUGGCCAGCACCGAGUUUGCUGAGCUGGAGGGGUCGCUGCCCUGGGAUGACCUUCGGAGGCUGCCCUCCUUCACGGCGUACCUGGCGGAGGGGGACAUGUGGUGCCCCGCCUGGCAGCAGCAGCUGCUCGAGAAGGUGUAUUGGGGAGGGGUGAAGGGAAUCCCUGCACCGCGUGAGUGGCUGUCCACCCUACGGGAUGGCACCUGGCUUUGA